UGCAGACAUGAAAGGAAGAGUAACGGCUCUGGUAGCAGUCGUAACGUGCGCCGUGUGGCUGGCGGCCGCCGGCGAGUGCGGGGCGCCGUCGACGUCAGCGUCAGAGGAGUUCCCGGAGGUGCAGACGCCGCUGGGGCGGCUGCGAGGCAGCGUGCUGCGCUCCCUGGACGGCCGAACUAUUUACUCGUUCAGGGGAGUGCGCUACGCGCAGCCUCCAAUCGGCGGCUUGCGCUUCAAGCCACCAGUACCAUUAAAUCCAUGGGAUGGUGUAACGGAUGCCACAAAGGAUGGUGCAAGAUGUCCUGAAGCAGAAAACACUAACCAGACUUCUGAAGACUGCUUGUUUCUCAAUGUGUACACAACUAAAUUGCCAGACGAUACUAGAAACCCUAAGAGACCAGUGAUGGUCUUUCUACACCCUGGUGCCUUCUAUCUUUUUAGAGGAACAAGCGACCUGUUUGGUCCUCAGUAUCUAUUGGAUGAGGACAUAGUUCUUGUGACUCUCAACUACAGACUUGGAGCUUUAGGGUUCCUAAGCACUGGAGACUCAGUUCUUCCUGGUAACAAUGGAUUUAAGGAUCAGGUGAUGGCUCUCAGGUGGGUCCAGCAGAAUAUUGCUUCUUUUGGAGGUGACCCAGAUAAUGUAGCACUCAGUGGCUAUAGUGCUGGCUCCACCAGUGUGUAUCUGCACAUGCUGUCUCCAAUGUCUAAAGGCUUGUUUCAUAAAGGAAUUGCAAUGAGUGCAGGUUUUCAAUCAAGUGCUGUAAAGGAACCAUUGCAGCAAGCAAAGAACCCUGACACAACAUCAGAGAAGAUUGUUGAAUGUUUGAAAGGAAAGGAUGCCCUAGAAAUUGCAGAAACACAGCCACAGUUUUUUGAAUUUGGUUGGGAUCCUAUGAUUAUUUUUGGUGUUGUUAUUGAGCAAGAUUUUGGAGAUGGAGCUGAGAGAUUCAUAACAGCAGAUCCAACAGAGCAGCUACUUUCAGGGAACUUUGCUCAAGUUCCAUUGAUAGCUGGAACAACAAAAGAUGAAUUCACUUGGAAAGGUCUGGAAAUUACCUACAAUAAUCUGGCAGAAAAUAUGUCUGAAAAUUACGAGACAGUAUUUCCAAUUGCAUUUGUUUAUGAGCGGGGUACGCCACACUCACUUGAAGUUAGUAGAGAGCUGAGAAAGUUUUAUCUUCAAGAUAAACCAAUGACAAAUGAUUCUGAGGUUGCUCUUGGACAAGCAUAUUCUGAUGCACUUAUAAUAUUCCCUACAGACCGUGCUGCAAAGAUAGUAGCUCAGCUGAGUUCAGCACCUGUGUACUAUUACCACUUCACGUAUGCAGGCAGGUACAGCUGGUUGUACUCCCCAGGAACUCAAACUCCAUAUGGCGUUUCACACCAUGAUGAUCUCAUUUAUUUAUUCUACAUCUCAGCAAGAUUCCCAGAAUUCAUUAAAACUGAUCCUGAAUACAUAACAGUGAAAAGAAUGACAAAAAUGUGGACAAAUUUCAUCAAAAUUGGGAACCCAACUCCAGAGAAGACUGACGUCAUAAAUGUAGAGUGGAAAACACUUAACCUCUCAAAGCCAGCAUACCUAGAGAUUGGCUCGGAGCUGCAGAUGAGGCAAGGCCUGUACUACCAAGAGCGCAUGCAGCUGUGGGAUAGGCUCUUCCCUCUGCCCAUCAGCACAUCUGGGGCCAACAGAAGGAGAUCCAGGCCUGUCAGGAAUCACCAUAGCCUCCAUGCUCACCAUGAUUAGUCAUGUGGUCCAUUACUGUAAGUGCCAUACUGAAGAGCAACACUACAAGUGUAUAUGUUUGUAUGAUAUAAUGUGUAGUAACAUAUCAUUGACCACAAUGACAAUUCUGUCACUAAA